AUGACAGCAUGCCUUCCAUCGUUUAGAAGAAGACAAGCGAUUUGUUCACUUUCCGCUUUCAUCAUCUACACCUAUUUCAACGAACUGAAGGAUAAUCAGAACGAAACCCUGAAUGGAAAUAUUACUCGGUACCACUUCGGCUGGGCGUACUAUUGGUGCGGAGGUGCAGCCGCCUGUCUAUCAGCUGCAUUCAUCUGCAGUCUAUUCGCUUCAACUUGUGUGUUGUUGCACAAGCAACAGAAGAACAAAGUCGACACCAUCGUUCUGUGA